AUGACGAAACCUUUUGGCUGCGGCUCAAGCCGGAGGAGAAGCUCAUCGACGACGUUAGAUGUUUCCCGGAGAAACUCACCGUCGUUAUCUCCGCCGCAGACUCCGACGUUUCAGUUGGAAAACGAAGGUAAGUGUCAAGUAAACGAAACGCCUCGUCGGAAAAUCUACAACGGUGGGUCAUCGGAAAAGAAAGAAAGAAACUUCCGGCGACGAGUGAGCACUUCUUCCUCCGUCGAAGAAGAAACAGAGAGAGAGAGUCUCUUACCAUCUUCCACUAACCUCUCGCCGGAAUAUUCUUCUCCACGUGUCACAAGAAGACGGAGACAGAGAAAAAGCACGUCGGAAAGCGAGUCAUCGUCUCCGGCGAGACUAUCGUCGUUCGUGCAGAGACUAAUGCCGUGUACGGCGGUUGUUGUGGAAGGAAUUGCGGUGGUUAAGAGAUCGGAAGAUCCUUACGAAGAUUUCAAAGGUUCAAUGAUGGAGAUGAUAGUAGAGAAGAAGAUGUUUGAAGUAGCUGAGCUUGAACAGCUUUUGCGUUGUUUCUUAACGCUAAACGCGAAACGCCACCACCGUGCGAUUGUUAAAGCGUUUUCUGAGGUUUGGGUUGGUUUGUUCUCCUCCGGUGGUGGUGGUAAUGAUGUUAGUCGGAGAUCUAGUGUUCGACUCUCGGAUUAUGCUGAUGAGUGUUAA